AUGUUGCACAGAAGCACCAACAAGAUCACGCUAAUCCUCAUCUACGCCGUUCCCGAGUGGAUUUUGAUAGUCCUUCUACUGUUGAAUUCCAUUUUCUCCUAUUUGAUCACCAAAUUUGCUCAGUUUUUUGGGCUUAAGCCUCCAUGCCCCUGGUGUACUCGAAUCGAUCAUGUAUUUGAUCCUGCGAAAGGAGAUAAGAGCAUGAACAUUGAUUAUCUCUGCGGGUUUCAUUUUAAAGAGAUUUUAAAGUUAGGGUUUUGUUCAAAUCAUCGGAAGCUGGUAGAUUCUGGAGACAUAUGCGAUGAUUGCUUGUCGUCGAGGCCAGAGUUCAAGGAAUCACCAAGGUAUUUCGGUUUGUUUGGGAAAAUGAAAAGAUUUGGGAAUUUUGGGUGUGAUUCUGAAAAAGUAGGUGAGAAUGGUGAGAUAAGCUUGAACUGUUCUUGUUGUGGUGUGACCAUUGUUAAUCAUGAUGGUAAAGUAGUUAAGCUACCCGAUUUUUCGGCUGAUUUAUGUGAUAAUGUAAAGGCAUUGGAUGAUAAUAGUGAAAGUAUUUUGAUUUGUGAGUUUGAAGGAAAUCUGGAGAUUACAGACAAGAGGGAAGAAGAAAAUGGCUAUGUUUCUGUAGUUGAGAAAGAAAAUGAUGUGUCGGAGGAAAAAUUGACAAUGAUAAUGAAUGAUAAAUCUGUGCAAGUGUGUUUUCAAGAAGAUGCUCCUGUUCAAAUCUCCUCUCAGCAUCUGGAAUUCUUUAUGGACUAUAGCGGUCAUAAAUUGGUCCCAAUUGAAUUGAUCGACUCGGUUACUGAAGAGCACCAUGUUAAGGAGAUUGAAGGAGGUGAUAUUGCUGAAGAUGAAGAAAUUCGUGUGGAUUCUGAAGUUGGGGGUGAAGUAAAAGAGGAGCUCCUUGUUGAGAUUGGAGGCCAGAAUCAGAGCACAUUUCUUGAUUUCUAUACUUUUGAGGAACCUAAAUUUGCUAAACUUGGCUCCAUGUGCGUGGAAGAGGACGAGACGUCUCAAGGUUUUCAUGCAGAAGGCUGUCAUUUCAAGAGAGGGUUUGAAAACUACAGUGUCUUUCCACUGACCAAGUGGCCUGCGGAGGAGGCUACUGGAGUUCAAGAGCACGCAGGAGCUGGAAGAGACAACAAGACUUCAGAUUUUCAAGCUGAUAAUGCAGCACGAGAAGAUAUUACUCUGGGGAACAAGGAAAAUGAGAAUGAUUCCGAGGAUAACAAUGAAAAAGAAGCGGAUGUCUCAAUUGGGAUUAAGAUUCAUGACUUACAUAUAACAGAUGAAAUACAAACCCAAAGCUGUGGUCAUACAUGUGGAUCCCUUCACGAAGAUUAUUUGACAACAAGUUCUGUCAAUCUGUACCCAGACGAUGAUCAUGGUACCGCACAACUUGAGGAACAAAUGGUUGAAACACAACCCUCAUCACCCAAUAUCCAUAGGGAUCACAUGACAAAUGAUCAAUGGAGUCUGCGGCUUGGUUUCAUGAGAGGCGACAAAACCCCAACCAGAGUCUUGCCCAAAUUGGAAUUAGGUUAUGAGAAUUGUGAUAGGAUUCUUGUUGCAGGCCUUGGUCUCGGCCGAGUAGACGGCGAGAAGUACGACCAUCAGAGAGUAUUCAGAACAGUUUCGAGCUUCGAGGGAGGACGUGUCUCGCAUUAG